AUGGACGUUCCUAGUAGCAGAGGGGGGAGGAAACCUCGUAAACCGAGGUACGAUCCAGCUAUGGACCCGUAUAUCAGGAUUUACGACUUGAAAUCUGGGGUCCUCGAUUACUGCAAAGUCGGUAGGGCUUAUGGUAUCCCCGACAUGUACAAAGACGCAGAUCACGAGAAGGUCUAUCAUGUCGAGGAGUUACUUUCAAGGCUUGAAAGUAGUGUGGCAAUUAUCUACGGUCGGAUCAGGAGGGGCCAUGAAAACGGAGAGUACAAGUUUUCCAUCUCCCGCAAGGACCGGAAUCUCCUACGCAAAUUUCUCUUUGUGAUGAGGUACCGAAGUCACAAAUUCUGGUCCAAGUAUACCGGGACAAUUGAUACUUACAAGCACAACGACCGUGAUAUGCUCAGAGAGUUCCUAAAGGAAAGAUCCAUCACGGAUCUACGUCAAGUUUGGCUCCUAAAUCUGGAGGUGAUUGUGAGGACGGAAAUCGAUGCAGAUGGAGAGUGGCUCACCACUAUUGGCCGCGAAAUGUUUCCGGCCGAUGCGAAUAUGUACGUGUUCCAUAUGUCGGAAUCGUACGUGGCCUUCUGUGAGCCACAGUCCCCCGAGGACGAAUUCGUCAUCACCGACAAUGGAUUCGGGAUAUUCGAGGGCCCCGUUGUCUUCGAUACCGCCAACCUUGAAAGUACAGGUGCCGACGGUUCACCCCCUCGGCUGAAGGAUCCGGCGGUCACUGAGUACCACAAGCUGGCACCUCUAUCGCCACGGUUGGUCUUGGUCUUGCGAUCGAAUUUUCUUCGCGACGGGCCGAUAUGGGAGAAGAGGUUGAAAUUUUUUCGUGAAUGGCAGGCCUGGCCAAAAGCCGAUUCCUUACUGCAGGACUUGCAAAUAAAGCCCCCCCAGACCCGCUAUAAGCUCCCUGGGAGGCGUGGGCCAGUGCCUACGUUAGAGGACGAAUUCACCUUCGAAAUAUUCAAAGCGGAGACCAAGCAGGUCCAUAUGAUAAACACACUCUUGUUACAAGAAGCGACUGGUUCGAUCACUUGGGUUUCAGACAAAUCCCUUGUAAAAUCACUCGAGGCAUUUCUCAGGAAUCCGAACUUCAUGCUUGACGCGCCCUUGAGUGUAUUCCCAGAGUUCACGCCGCGCAUUGCUUUGCGAUAUCAAAAGCAACGUUUGCUAAACUUAUGGGACAAGCCCUAUCCAAGUGAAGGGGUGAGACCCCUUGAGGAAUACGAAAAUAUGAAGGAAGCCUUGAGGAACAAUGAGCUUCUCCAGUCAUAUUAUAAAUUCGGUAUGUUAACCAUCCCUAUAAACCUACUGCACCAAAUUACUUACUUGUCUCACUAG